AUGCCUGAAUGCACAGUAGCAGAGGGAGCUCCAAUCAUCCCGAUCUCAGCCCAGCUCAAGUACAACAUCGAAGUUGUUUGCGAGUACAUUGUAAAUAAGAUCCCCGUGCCUGUCCGCGACUUCACCUCUGAGCCUCGCCUUAUUGUAAUCAGGUCAUUUGAUGUCAAUAAGCCUGGCUGUGAAGUAGAUGAUCUGAAAGGUGGUGUAGCUGGAGGAAGUAUCCUCAAAGGUGUCCUGAAGGUCGGACAGGAGCUUGAGGUCAGGCCAGGUAUCGUUUCAAAGGACCAUGAAGGGAAACUAAUGUGCAAACCCAUUUUCUCCAAAAUCGUCUCACUUUUUGCCGAACACAAUGACCUUCAGUAUGCUGCUCCUGGUGGCCUUAUUGGUGUUGGCACCAAGAUUGACCCUACACUGUGCAGAGCGGAUCGAAUGGUGGGUCAGGUCCUCGGUGCAGUGGGGGCUCUUCCUGAGAUCUUUACAGAGCUGGAGAUCUCGUACUUCCUCUUAAGAAGACUGCUUGGUGUGCGCACUGAAGGGGACAAGAAGCAGGCCAAGUACACGGCUAAAACCGUAAAUCACGUAACCACAACACUCUCCUGCCCAGAGCUUGCAGCCACUAGUUCAGCGGGUAAGCAUAAACCCCAAGGGUUCCCCAAGGGUCAUGGAAGUUCUGGAAUCUCUCAGACAUUAAAGUCAUGGUAUACAAGCAACUUUUGA